CACGGGCUCCGCCCCCUCCCGUUUCCCGGUGCCGGGGCCCGCAUGGCUGCCGGCACGCGCCCGGCGGCCGCACCGCGGUCCAGAGCUAACAUGGCCCAGUGGAAGAAGAAGAAGGGGCUCCGGAAGCGCCGGGGUGCGGCGUCCCAGUCCCGCAGCAGCGACUCGGAGGACGGCGAGUUUGAGAUCCAGGCAGAAGAUGACGCCCGGGCCCAGAAGCUGGGGCCUGGCAGACCCCUACCCACUUUCCCCACCUCGGAAUGUACCUCGGACGUGGAGCCAGACACGCGGGAGAUGGUGCGAGCUCAGAACAAGAAGAAGAAGAAAUCAGGAGGCUUCCAGUCCAUGGGCCUGAGCUACCCAGUCUUCAAAGGCAUCAUGAAGAAGGGCUACAAGGUGCCGACACCCAUCCAGAGGAAGACCAUCCCGAUGAUCCUGGACGGCAAGGACGUGGUGGCCAUGGCCCGGACGGGCAGCGGCAAGACCGCCUGCUUCCUCAUCCCCAUGUUCGAGCGGCUCAAGACCCACAGCGCCCAGACUGGGGCCCGUGCCCUCAUCCUUUCGCCCACCCGAGAGCUGGCCCUACAGACCAUGAAGUUUACCAAGGAGCUCGGCAAGUUCACUGGCCUCAAGACUGCCCUGAUCCUGGGUGGGGACAAGAUGGAAGACCAAUUUGCAGCCUUGCAUGAAAAUCCUGACAUAAUCAUCGCUACCCCUGGGCGCUUGGUGCAUGUGGCUGUGGAGAUGAACCUGAAGCUGCACGGUGUGGAGUACGUGGUAUUCGAUGAGGCCGACAGGCUCUUUGAAAUGGGCUUCGCAGAGCAGCUCCAGGAAAUCAUCGGCCGCCUCCCGGGGGGCCACCAGACUGUCCUGUUCUCUGCCACGCUGCCCAAGCUGCUGGUGGAGUUUGCCCGAGCUGGCCUGACGGAGCCCGUGCUCAUCCGGUUAGACGUGGACUCUAAACUCAACGAGCAGCUGAAGACCUCCUUCUUCCUGGUGCGGGAGGACGCCAAGGCCGCGGUGCUGCUCCACCUGCUGCGCAACGUGGUGCGGCCCCAGGACCAGACGGUCGUGUUUGUGGCCACCAAGCACCACGCGGAAUAUCUCAGCGAGCUGCUGGCGACCCAGGGGGUGAGCUGUGCCCACGUCUACAGCGCUCUGGACCAGACGGCCCGCAAGAUCAACCUGGCCAGGUUCACACACGGCAAGUGCUCAGCCCUCAUCGUGACUGACCUGGCCGCCCGGGGCCUGGACAUCCCACUGCUGGACAACGUCAUCAACUACAGCUUCCCCGCCAAGGGCAAGCUCUUCCUGCACCGCGUAGGUCGCGUGGCCCGGGCCGGCCGAAGCGGCACGGCCUACUCCUUGGUGGCCCCCGACGAGGUCCCCUACCUGCUGGACCUACACCUGUUCCUGGGCCGUGCUCUGACCCUUGCCCGUCCCCCUGAGGAGCCCUCAGCAGGCACGGAAAGCAGGGAUGGUGUACUGGGCCGGGUGCCGCAGGGCGUGGUGGACGACGAGGACUGCGGCCUGCGGACCAGCCUGGAGGCGUCGCUGGAGCUGCGGGGCCUGAGCCGCGUGGCCGACAACGCCCAGCAGCAGUAUGUGCGCUCACGGCCGGCACCCUCGCCCGAGUCCAUCAAGAGGGCCAAGCAGCUGGACCUUGCCGGGCUGGGCCUGCACCCCCUCUUCAGCUCUCGCUUCCAGCAGGAGGAGCUGCAGCGGCUCAGGCUGGUGGACAGCAUCAGGAACUACCGCUCCCGGGCCACCAUCUUUGAGAUCAACGCCUCCAGCCGCGACCUGAGCAGCCAGGUGAUGCGCGCCAAGCGGGAGAAGGACCGCAAAGCCAUCGCCAGCUUCCAGCAGGGACGGCAGGAGGGCCUGGCCCCGAGCCUCCCAGCACCGCAGGAGGAGCAGGCUGAGGAGGAGGAGGCGGCGGGAGAGAGUGUAGAGGACGUCUUCACAGAAGUUGUCAGCCGGAAGCGGCAGCAGCCAGGACCCCACUGGGGAGCCAAGAGGCGGAGGGAGGAGGCCCGGCAGCGGGACCAGGCGUUCUACAUCCCCUACCGGCCCAAGGACUUUGACAGCGAGCGGGGCCUGAGCGUCGGCGGGGAUGGGGGCGCCUUCGAGCAGCAGGUGGCUGGCGCAGUGCUGGACCUGAUGGGAGACGAAGCCCAGAGCCUGACCAGGGGCCGGCAGCAGCUCAAGUGGGACCGGAAGAAGAAGCGGUUUGUGGGACAGUCAGGACAAGAGGACAAGAAAAAGAUCAAGACCGAGAGUGGCCGCUACAUCAGCAGCUCCUACAAGCGGGACCUCUACCAAAAGUGGAAACAGAAACAGAAAAUCGAUGAUCGUGACUCAGAAGAAGAAGGAACUUCCGACCGUCGCGGCCCAGAGCGAAGAGGUGGGAAGCGUGGCCGAGGGCAAGGUGCAUCUCAGCCCCACACCCCUGGCACCCCCGUGGGCCGCGUGCGCUCAGAGCUCAAGACCAAGCAGCAGAUCCUGAAGCAGCGGCGCCGAGCCCAGAAGAUGCGCUUCCUGCAGCGUGGGGGCCUGAAGCAGCUCUCUGCCCGCAACCGGCGCCGCGCGCAGGAGCUGCAGCAGGGCGCCUUCGGCCGGGGCGCCCCUUCCAAGAAGGGCAAGAUGAGGAAGAGGAUGUAAGAAGGUGACACAGCCCGCGAUUCCUCAGUUGGUCCAGGCGUGGACAUCAGCAGCGUUCCCCGUGUACCGCUGUGUGCCUGGCCCUGAGUUGAGCACGGGGGGAGCUCCCUUGGCCCAUGCAAAGGAGUGCCACAGAGGGGCAGCAGCUGCCUCUGCCUAAGACAGGGCACACGAGUAGGGUGUUGAAGGGUUCAUAGGAGUUUGCCAGGUAGGCCACAACCUGAGCUGGCACCUCAGCGCUGCUGCUUGUCAUGUGUUCCAGAUUCAGAGGUGGUGGCCCCAUGGGUUUGAGCCCUGAGUGCCUGAGGCCCAGUGAUGUUUUUUUAAUGUAAUAAACCUUUAUUGAGCAUCUCCAGUGGACCAGGAGCACAGUCUGCUUGAGGAGUUGGAAGGGACAGACCAGGGUGCUGGAAUUUCAGCUGGAGUGCCGAUGAGCCGAGAGCAUGUGGGUGGGUCCUGUGUGGGUUCUGCCGAUGUCUCCAUUUUGCUGAUGAGAAAAGUCAGGCUCAGAGGAUGGGUAGUUUGCCAAGGUUUGAGGACCUUGAAAUUGGCCCUCGGGUCCCUUUCCUCCCACCAGGACAGGCUUGCAGCUGGGACUGGAUGGUGAGAGGCAGAUGGGAUGUGGGGUCAAGGAUCAGAGCUUGCAGUGCUCCUUUUGGCUGCGAAGAGUCCACCACAUACCCAGAGGUCAAAACCUGUUCUGACCUCUGCUUUCCUCCAAGCCCUGUGCUCCUCAGCCCCUGCUGGGGGCCCUGGGAAGGUCAUGGGCUGCAUCUUGCAGCUGGGUUCUCAGACUGGCCACCCCUCAGCGCCAGUCCAUUAUGGAGGAGCCUUUGUGAGCAGACGCCCUGGGAAUGGUGUCCGCAUGUGACCCUCUUGCUGGUCCUUUAUUUUACUUUACUUACCAAACACUCAUCUAGAAUUUCCCAGAAUUUUUGCACCAGGCCCCGUUCUAACCUGCCAAACAUCAGCUGGUUUAAAUGCUCCCACUGCCCUGGGAGGGUGGACCAGGUACCAGACCACAUAGUGGAUGUGGUUUUGGGGCCCCCAUGUAGCUCACAUUUACUUAGUACUUGCUCUGUGCCUCUUGUAUACACCCCACUGCCAUCUGAGCGGGCACAGCCCUCCCAUCUUUCUGGUGAGAGCCACUCAGCCCACACCCCACAGGAAAUGUGUACCUCCCCUGUCCUCAGGCUGGGUCCCUCGAGGGGUCCCUCUCCCGCUGCUCACCUGGGUCAGGGUUAGGAGGUGGGGGCAGUGGGCUCAGCCUGCCGGAGUCCGGCCAGUGUGGCGGAGAGGUCCAGAAUGGACAGCUGCACCUGGGGUCCCAACACAGCCAGAGUCAGAGCCCAGCCCCUGAGUGUCCAGUCCCCGCCCCCCAAAACACCAGAGGAUGCAAAGCAGGGGUAGGGGUUAGGGACUCCUAUUAGAUAGCAGUGAUGUUGGCUCCCCAGGGGCAGUGAACCUGGCCUAAACCCUUCUGGGUUUUUUAAGCCUCAGUCCAACAUCUCAGUCCAAGCCUUCCAAGCAAUUCAUUCACAGGCACUUUUCAGUUUUCUAGUUGGUUAUUACCUGUAUUAUAGCUGAGUUAGUAUUUUCACUUACAUCAGUUCUUUUUUUUCCUUUUAGUUCUAUCAGUCAUAUUCAUUAGUGUAUGACCUACUCUCAUCUUCACCUUUAUUUUGUUUAAAUUAACCUGUUUAUUGAAAUGAGCUUAAUGAACACCCAUGGAUCCACUGCCAAGACCUAGAACGUGAUGGUAAUCUUACCUUGGGCUCUUCCUUCACCUUUGUCACUGAAAUAAACAUCUGACAAGGAAACUAUGUCUCCAUCAAAAGUGGAAAGAGAUUAAAUUACCCCUUGUCAUAAGUGGGGGUAACUGGAAGAAUAACAAAAUGAAAGUGAAACCAGGUUACUGAAUUCUGGCAGCUACAGUUGCCCACAAAAAAUGUGAGUCCCAGGCCCUGGAGACCAGGGAUAUUCCAGGCGUUAAAGGCAUAUUGUCACCACCUCCCCCCCCACCCAACCCCACUGAACCUUUCUCCUUGGGAAGAUCAGAGAGUUGGUUGAAAAGGGACUGGCUUUUGCCUGUUAUUUCCUACCGAGCCUCUGUCCCUCCUAGUCUCCUUUUGUCCCUUGGGGUACCUGGGCCACACUUGAGAGAACAGUGGUGUACACAUGAAUCCUGACUCAGGAUGUGGCACUAAGGUAGGCUCUGGGGACCCAGUUCUGGGCAUUUGGUUGGAAUUCUGGCCUCUGGGUACAGGACUGGAGUGAGGUGGGCUGGGGCAAAGGCGGGGUGCCUUGCUUUGUUUCCUCCACUUCUCAAAGGGGCUAUGCUUUGGGGACCCACUAGAAUCCUAACAGAAGGGUCCAACGUUAGAAACCCCCUCCCUCCAGUGUAAACCAGGUCACGUGUUCUACCACCUUACAAACCUGAGUGAAUAGAAAAACUGGGCAUCCUUGGACACAAUGAGCUUUGUGAUGCAAUUGUGCAGAAAGAAAAACCACUGUACAACCCUGCCUUCACACUCCCCAGGGGAAGCUGAGGCUUGUCCCUGCGGGAGCCAGAGGGUCAGGGACUAAUUAAAAGUGAAUUUCCA